AGGCGCGGCGGGUGUGCCUUGGCCGAUCGGCGCACUCGCAUCUCUUCCUGCCGUCCGGGGGAGCCCGGCGGGCCCAGGACUCCCGUCCGUGCCGGUGCGGGCGCCGGCAUGUGGCUGUGGGAGGAGCAGGGCGGCCUGCUGGGCCCCAUGUCCUUCGUGCUGCUGCUGCUGCUGCUGCUCACGCGCAGCCCCUUGAAUGCCUGCCUCCUGGCCUGCAGCCUCUACGGCCUGCUGCGCUUCUUCAGCUUCGAGCCUCUGCCCGCCCGCAGGGUCCUGCAGGUGCUCAAGCCCCACCACCGCGCCAUCGCCGUCGCCCACCGCGGGGGCAGCCACGACGCGCCCGAGAACACGCUGGCGGCCAUCCGGCUGGCAGCUAAGAAUGGAGCGAUGGGCGUGGAGUUGGACGUUGAGUUUACUUCCGAUGGGGUUCCUGUCAUGAUGCACGACGACACGGUGGACAGGACGACUGAUGGCACUGGUCGGCUGUGUGAUUUGACUUUUGAACAAAUUAGGAAGCUCAAUCCUGCAGCAAAUCACAGAUUAAGGAAUGAUUUCCCUGAUGAAAAGAUUCCUACCCUGAGGGAAGCAGUCACAGAAUGCCUAAAGUAUAACCUCAAAAUCUUCUUUGAUGUCAAGAGCAAUGCAAAUAAGGCAACAGAUGCUCUAAAGCAAAUAUAUACGGAAUUUCCUCAACUCUAUAAUAACAGUAUGGUCUGCUCAUUCUUACCAGAAAUUAUUUAUAAGAUGAGACAAGCAGAUGGGAAUAUAAUAACGGCUUUGACGCACAGGCCGUGGAGCCUGAGCCACACGGGAGAUGGAAAGGCACGCUACAACUCAGCGUGGAAGCAUGGCCUCUUCAUUCUCAUGGACAUUCUGCUCGACUGGAGUAUGCACAAUAUCUUGUGGUACCUGUGUGGGAUUUCAGCUUUCCUCAUACAGAAGGAUUUUGUUUCACCGGACUAUGUGAAGAAGUGGUCGUCGAAAAACAUCGAGGUGGUUGCUUGGACGGUGAAUACCCUCAGUGAGAAAAAGUACUAUGAGUCCUACCUGCACUCUAGCUACAUCACCGACUCUUUGGUGGAGGACUGUGCACCACAUUUUUAGCCCUGUUCUCCAGGGAUGGAAACCAGGUCCGCACCCCACAAUUGGACUCUCUCAAAACCCUUGGGGCCAGUGCAAGCUCUGGGUAGGCCCAGUGGCUCAUACAAGCCAUAGUCAUUGCAAGUACUUGGAUUUCUACCUGGGCCUAAAGCCAAAGCCAGUGUGCCUCCCCUCUCCCACACUGUCUGUGGAAGGCCCCCGGUUCACCACUGUUGCUCCAAGAAGUCUGGGGCUGCAGAAGCACAGGAGCACCAACCAGACCCGGCCCAGCCAUGCACCCCACGCUGGGAUGCAGCAAGAAUAAGCACAGAAUUAGUGUGGUUUUGGGGGUGACUGGAUGCAAGUGCACAGGAAAUGCAUGAUCACUCACGCCACACUUUCACUCACCACACUUCCAUAACAUACUUAUUUAAAAAUAUUUGUAUUGAACUGCAUUAGCGAUUUGUUGACAUCAAAUUCGUGUCCAUACUAAUAAAAUAAUUUCAAAAGGA